GACAUCUGCGGAAAACGUUAGCUAACUAGCUAGCUCAUAAUAAUAAGGUGCGAGGCAGGCAAGGGAAGAUUACUGUCGCUUUUAAGGGGUUUCGGAUCAUUUUUAAGAACCAGAAGACAGGAAACAGGGUGGAUACGGUCCCGGAGGGCGUGGACACGCGUGUCAUUUCUCUUAAAGCUGCCCUUUACGUGCUGCGGAACAAGCAACAAGCUGUGCUCAGACUGAAUGGCCGAGGGCUUCUCAGACCCACCUGACCUCAAUCCAGAUCUGACGCAACAUCAAACGUCACAUCAGCACAAACCCAGAAGAGGCCGACCCAGACACAGCAAUGACAGACACCUCAGUAACAACAGUAAUGAGACCUGUCAUCAGUAUGGACCCUUUAAUCAGGGCACUAAUCCCCCUUUUAGCCAUAGAUCAAAUUAUGAAGAUCAUCAUCGUCCUCCUUACCAAGGAGGAGAUGAAGGCAGAAGGCGAGGCAGAGGAAGAGGAUGGAGAGAAGGGAACAGAGGAGGUUCUGUGCCAUGGCGGCAAAGACCUGGAGGUGAUCCAUACGGUGGCAGCAACAGAUACAUGAGUGGUGUCCAUGCUUUUGCACAUCCCAUGGGUGGUGCUGAUGGACCCAACUGGCGGCGAGGAAGUGCAAACAGGGAUACGGAACAAACUAAUGAGGACCAGGAUGCCCAGGCUAAAAAACCAAGGAAGUUUAGUCAGGAGCAGCGAAAGGGAGAACAUAAUGGCAGUUGGAAGGAGAACAACACCACAGUGGAGGAUCAAAGGAAGAGAGAAGACUCAGAGUCCCAACAUGACAAUAAUCAGAGGAAACACACUGACCCAAAGCGACGGCAAGGACCAAUCAAACCACCCAAACAACCAUCACAAGAGGAGCCAGGCUCAGAGAAGGGAGCCAGUGGCCAAGAUGACUCUGAUCAGGGGCGAGCAUCUCAGGAUUCUGCAGGCAAAGGUGGAAGAGGCUCAGGAGGGAAUGCUCCCCUUCAGGCCAGAGGGGGGAGAAGAGCAAACUAUCAAAACUACAAACCUGGUCAGAGGAGCUGGAACAAGAUGCCAAAGAGCAAAGAGACGCAGACAGGGUGUCUGAUUGAACAGCUGUCGGAGGAGAAAUACGAGUGCAUGGUGUGCUGUGACGUGAUCCGGGUCAUGGCGCCGGUGUGGAGCUGUCAGAGCUGCUUCCACGUCUUCCACCUCAACUGCAUCAAGAAAUGGGCUCGAUCGCCAGCCUCACAGGCAGACGAUUCAGCUGAAGGUUGGCGCUGUCCAGCCUGCCAGAAUGUUUCAAUGAAACACCCGACCUCCUACACUUGCUUCUGUGGUAAAGUGACAAACCCUGAGUGGCAGCGUACUGAGAUUCCCCACAGCUGCGGUGACAUGUGUGGGAAGAAGAGAAGUGGAGUGGACUGCAACCACCCCUGCAAUAUCUUAUGCCACCCUGGACCUUGUCCUCAGUGUCCUGCCUUUGCAACGAAAUCCUGCAUCUGCGGGAAGACGAGUCAACCAGUGCGCUGCGGUCAGGCCACUGUGCUCCAAUGUGACAAAGUGUGUGGUGCUGUACUCAACUGUGCUGAACACACCUGUGUGCAGGUGUGCCACAGCGGGACCUGUCAGCCAUGCCAGCUGCAAGUUCAGCAGGUUUGCUUUUGUGGCGUGACCGCACGGGAAGUCUCGUGUGGCACAGAUAAAGCAGGAUUUGAUGGUUCGGGACAUUUCUCCUGUGGAAAAAUAUGUGGGAAGAUGCUAAACUGUGAAGCCCACCGGUGUCAGCAGGCAUGCCAUCGUGGCCCGUGCAAGUCGUGCCCGCGCUCACCAAGCCUGGUGAAUACGUGUCCCUGCGGUCAGACGCCGCUGACAAAACUCCUGGAGCUGGGUUACUCUGAGCGACGGAGCUGCUCCGAUCCCAUCCCCUCCUGCGGGAAGACCUGCAACAAACCCCUGGCCUGCGGCUCGAGUGACAUCAUCCAUCUGUGCGAGAAGCUGUGCCACGAGGGCAGCUGUGGGCCCUGCUCUCUGACCUCAACUAUCAGGUGCAGAUGUGGCUCCAAGACUAAGGAGGUCCCAUGUGAGAAAAUCCAAAAAGAAGAGGAGCUCGUCUUCACUUGCGAGAAGCGCUGCAACAAGAAGCGCUCCUGUGGCCGACACAAGUGUGGGGAGCUUUGUUGUGUGAGCGUGGAGCACAAGUGCUCCAUGAUCUGCGGCUACAAGCUCAACUGUGGCCUCCACCGCUGCCAGGAGCCUUGUCACCGUGGAAACUGUGAACCCUGCUGGCAGUCCAGUUUUGAUGAGCUGACGUGUCACUGCGGGUCCACGGUGCUGUAUCCACCCAUCCCCUGUGGAACGAAGCCACCCGAGUGCAAAAACGUGUGCACGAGAAGACACGAGUGUGACCACCCAGUGUUUCACAACUGCCACAGUGAGGAGAAAUGUCCUCCCUGCACUUACCUCACGCAGAAAUGGUGCAUGGGAAAGCACGAGCAACGCAGCAACAUCCCGUGUCAUCUCCAAGACAUUUCUUGUGGCCUAAUGUGUAAUAAAACGUUGCCCUGCGAGACGCACCGCUGCAAACGCAUCUGUCACCGGGGAGAGUGCCUGCCAGAAGGCAGCUGCCAGCAGCCCUGCACGCUGCCUCGUCCAGACUGCGGCCACCCGUGCGCUGCUCCCUGUCAUAAAGGCAGCAGCUGUCCACGCACCACCUGCACUGCCAAGGUUGCGGUACAGUGUGAGUGCGGUCGUAGAAAGGAAACCGUGGCCUGUGCAGAAGCAGCCAAUUCAUACCAGAGGUAUGCUGCCAUUGCCAUGGCCAGUAAGCUUUCGGACAUGCAGCUCGGUGACUCCAUGGAUAUCGGCCCGCUGAUCUCUAAGAAAGAGCUGAAACAGACGAGGCUCGAGUGCGAUCAAGAGUGCGCCACUUUGGAGAGGAACAGGCGCUUGGCGGAGGCGUUGCAGAUCGACUCGUCUUCUGACCCCUUCAACGUUCGCUCCACCUCUGCGUACAGCGACAGCCUCAAAGACGACGCCAGAAAAGACCUGAAGUUUGUCACAGAGGUGGAAGAGGAGAUCAACAAUCUUGUAGAGCUUGCUAAUAAGGGAAAGCAGUCGAAGAGGAGCCACUGUUUCCCGCCGAUGAACCGAGAGCAUCGGAAGAUCAUCCACGAGCUGGCCGAGGUCUACGGCGUGGAGAGCGUGAGCUACGAUAACGAGCCCAAACGCAACGUGGUCAUCACGGCUCACAAGGGGAAGUCGGCCUGCCCGAACUCAACCCUGACUUCACUGAUAGAGCGAGAGACAGCUGCACGGGCUCCUCCUCCCAUCGCUCAUAUCAAACAGCACAGCAGCAAGUCUGCCGGUGGAAGCACCUGGUCGAAGAUGGUUAAAGAAGAGCCCGCGAUCGAUUAUUUUGACGUCCAGGACUGAAAGUAAAAACAAAUCUUCUGCCAAAAAGUCCAAAACUCGUUUCAUUUGCAUUCAUCUGAGACCAAUAAUCAUAAUUUCUCUGGCUUCUUGUUGAUAAAAAAUAAAUGUUUGGAAAUAUUUCAAAGCUGCAAUGGUCUCUGGGGAACUCUCACUCUUGUUAUAUGUGGGAGGAUGAAUUGAGCCCUUGAAUUUUGACAUUAAAGUCCAUGAAGACUUUCCCUGUUUGAAAAGCUCCUGCGUGUUUUCUUUGCCUCCCUGGUAUGCGUUUUAAUAAAAAGCGAAUUCUUCCCUAUUUAAUGGGUGCAGAUGUUGAUAUGAAAUUUAAUACAUCGGCUCCAGAAUAUCUCCGAUGUCCACAUUAGGUGCUCUAUCGCUUACUCAGGGUUAAGUCUGUAUGGCAGGGAUGUGUUGUUGUUCUUUCUGCAAGGCUUCAUGAGGGCGGGUGGGUAAGAGUCAGUGGGCUGCAUUGCAUAAAGAAAGCUUUGCUCCAAACACAACUAUGACCCAGAUGUGGCGCUGCACUUUGUGAAAACUCUUCCUGGGUAAAACGUGAAGGCACUCGGAGGUCGAGCUGAUGCAGCAGGAUGUGUGUCGUAGAUGAGAUGAGAGCGUAGAUCCUGUUCUCCAGCUAAUGGACUGUUUCACCCACUGCUGCGGCCUGUGAGGUUAGGAUGCUGAGUCAGGCAGACUCCAGCACUGAGUGGACACUACAGGAUGGACAGCUACUCGCACACUCUGUGUUUGCCGACUUAAAGGUUCUCAUUGAUUAAGGCCUCUCCUCUCUAUAGGUACAUGCUAAUGGAUUUCAGGAUACUAACCAGCUUUCUGUACAGAUGUUCUCAUUUUAUUUUAUCACCUUUAUUUAAGCAGGAAAUCCCACUGAGGUCAAAUCUCUUCCACAGUGGAGACCUGGCAGCCGCAUAAAUAAACACAACAUGAUGGAUAACAUGACAACUCACAUUUUCUCCAUAACUAUAUUUGUUUAAAUUCAAUAAUAUCUUUUUUUCUUGUAAGGGCUUUUCAAGAUUUUUUUGCAUCAAUGACAUUUGGAAAAUACACAUUUACGUGUUUACUUCUACACAUGUUGUCAAAUUGGUGCAUAAACAAUGACUUUUAACACAUUUAGAAAUGAAGGAAGCUCACGAGAUGAAUAAAUGUUCCUUUAAUGUUAGUAAGCAAGUGGGAGAAGAUUUGUUGCUGUUGUUUAUAAUUUAUACUCUAGUUUUUUUGUAAAUUUAUGCUUAUCCAACAAAAUCUUUAAAUCAAGAUCUCAGAUUAUUAACUGAAAGUUGUUUUUGUCCUUUUUUUGUUGUUGUCAGUUUCAAGUUAUCUUCUCAGCGUUUUAAAUUUGUCUCAGACCAACCACGAGUUAGCGUUAUUAAGUUUUGUGAAAAUGACCUGAAAUUUUGAGUUGCACAUGUCAAAAUAAAUAAAUAACCCCAGUGCGUAA